AUGGCAGUCGGCGCUGCCGCACACCUUCGGAAACCUCAGGCACCCUCAGAGCUCUCCGAAGUCGUGAUAUUCAGUCCCCCAAGCAACUACACCACACCACGUGUGCUCUACGCGCGAACCGCCCAGCUCCCCAACAACGACAUCCUCGCAACCUGGGAGAACUACAGUCCCGAGCCGCCGCCAGUCUACUUCCCCAUCUACCGGUCCUGCGACCAGGGCGCCACGUGGACGGAACUAACCCACGUCGAAGACCAGGGCUACGGGUACGGCCUGCGCUACCAGCCCGUCCUCUACGUUCUGCCUGAGGAUUUUGCCGGGUACGAAGCCGGCACGGUGCUCCUGGCCGGCUCGUCCAUCCCUACGGACCUCUCGUCCACGCAGCUCGACCUCUACGCCUCGACCGACAGCGGCGCGACCUGGGAGUUCGUAAGCCACGUGGCGGCGGGCGGCGAGGCCCUGCCCGACAACGGGCUGACGCCCGUGUGGGAGCCGUUCAUGCUGCUGCACGAGGGCGCGCUCAUCUAUUAUUAUUCGGACCAGCGCGACCCAGCCCACGGGCAGAAGCUGGUGCAUCAGACUUCGACGGACCUGACGACCUGGGGCGACGUGGUUGAUGAUGUCGCAUAUGCUAAUUACACUGAUCGGCCGGGAAUGGCGACGGUGGCGCGGCUGCCUAAUGGGGUGUAUAUCUUAACUUAUGAGUUCGGCGGGGGUUAUAACCCUCCUACGAACGACUCUGAGUACACGUUCCCGGUCUACUACCGCCUGGCGAGCGAUCCGACGGCUUUCGGCAGCGUUGUGCACCACCCACUGGUCAGCUCCGAUGGGUUUGUUCCGACGGGGUCUCCGUAUGUGGUAUGGACAUCUGUUGGCGGCGAGAACGGCACUAUCAUCGUGUCUAGCGGAUGUUGUUCCGAUGUCUACAUCAACCAGGCGUUGGGGGCUGAGGGUGCCUGGGUGACGCUGUCCACGCCGGAGGGAAGCUCGUACACGAGGUCUCUUCUCGUUUUCCAGGAGGAUGAUAGUUAUGUCUUGCUCGCGGGUGGCGGAGCGCUACCGCCGAGUGAUAAGAACAACGUCACGAUGAGUGUGAUGGAGAUGCCCGUGGGCGGUAGGAACAAGACGCGUGUUGCUGGCUGGAAAUAG